AGAUUUGAUCAGUAAACUUGCUAUCUGUUGCCCUCGGGAGAGAGUGGAGCGGCUAAUCGCUAACAAACAGACUUUCGACCAAGAAGGGUGACACAACUCAACUUCACCACACACACACACACACACACACACACACUGUUUCGUCUCGUCUCGUCUAUCAUCCGUCAGGUCAUGUGGAGGAAGGCCGUGCUGGUGGCCCUGUUGGCGUUGGGGAUGGGUUAUCUGUACCACACUGACCCGGAGCUACCGGCCCGUGUGCUGAACUGCAUCAGCCAAUCGCUGCCUCAGAUGGAGUUGAGUGACAGCUCAGAGCCCCGCCCCCCCGCGCUGGAGGAGGCCAUCGCUCACGCCUGGCAGACCCUGAUCACGACUCCGGCCAAACGCUGGGGGAGAGUGGCUGUGGGGGUGAACGCCUGUGUGGAUGUGGUGGUGUCCGGAGUGGGGCUGUUACAGGCCCUGGCUCUCGAUCCGGGUCCCGGCAGAGACCACGAGGUGCUACACAGCAAAGAGGACCUGAAAGAGGCCUUCAUCCACUACAUGGGGAAGGGCGCCGCUGCAGAGCGCUUCUUCUCAGAUAAGGAGGUUUUUCAAAGGAUCGCACGGGCGGCUGCCGAAUAUCCCGGCGCUCAGCUUUAUGUGGGCGGCAACGCUGCUUUGAUUGGCCAGAAACUAGCGUCUAACCCACAACUCGUGGUCCUCUUGUGUGGUCCGGUGGGGCCGAAGCUUCAUGAAAUGCUGGAUGAACAGAUCGUGGUCCCGCCAGAGUCGCUGCAGGAGACCGAUGAGUUCCACCUGAUCCUGGAGUACAAGUCAGGUGAACAGUGGGGCCCCUCGAAAGCUCCUCAGGCUAACCGCUUCAUCCUGUCCCAUGAUGUGUCCAAUGGGGAAAUGAGCACGCUGGAGACGUUCGUGGCCAGCUUGGAGGAGUUCCAGCCGGAUCUGGUGGUUCUGUCCGGACUGCAUAUGAUGGAAGGAAUGGGCCGAGAUCUCUGGGAGGAACGACUGAAAGAGGCGGUGGUUGCGAUCUCAGACGUGAGGAACGAGGUGCCCAUCCACCUUGAGCUGGCCAGCAUGACAGACAGAGACUACAUGAACCGGAUCCUGCAGGAGCAGGUCAUUCCCAUCGUGAACUCCAUCGGCCUGAACGAACAGGAGCUGCUGUUUUUGACUCAGUCUGGAGGAGGACCUCACGCUGACCUCGCUUCAUGGGACGGCAUACCCGACGUGGGCCGCGUCAGCGACAUCUUGCUCUGGAUCUUCGAGCAACACGGCCGGGCGGACCCAGAAUCUGAGGCCGAUCUGACCCGGAUCCACUUCCACACGCUGGCGUACCACAUUCUGGCCACGGUGGAGGGCCACUGGGGGAACCAGGAGGCAGCGGUGGCUUCGGGCGCUCGUGUGGCGAGCAGUCAAGCCUGCGGUCUGCAAACCGUGGAUGUUAAUAAAGUGAUCCUCAAGGCGCCUUUGAGCUUCAACAGCUCCUUCUCAGAACCGAGAGAGAGCCUAACGGUGGACCCGACGAGACCGGUGACCGUGUGGCGCAGAGGGAACGUGUCUUUCCAUCUCACGCCGGUGCUCGUGUGCAAGCAGCCGCUGAGGACUGUGGGAUUGGGGGACGCCAUCUCCGCAGAGGGACUUCUGUUUUCAGAGUUCACACACCCAUCUUUUUGAAGAAACAUCCUCGUCGUGAGAUCCUCUUCUCAAAAGACUCGCAAAAGAGGAUGUUUGUGUGUUGAAAUGCAGUUUGAGUGCACUGUCCUCUUUCCAGAGAUUUGUUGUUGCUACCUUUGUCUGAAAUCAUAUUGUGAAAGACAGCACUGAACGUAAUAACAACGCCAUCAACUCAAAAUAAAGUUGGAAUCAUUCACUCACCCUCAUCCAAACCGAAAUUAUUUUCAUUUGCGUAAGUGAAAGUCACAUGGGUUUUGAGCAACAUGAGGGUGAGUAAAUGAUGAAAGAACUUA